AUGCAUCGAGGUAACUUUUUUAAAGUUAGAGGUUUGUUAGAUGUCGGUGCUAAUUCAAAUUUGAUGAGCAAAAGGUUAGCAUAUUUGCUUCAAUUAAAGGGACAAAAGACUAACAUUUCUGUUUCAGGAAUAAAUAAUUUGUCUUUGAAUAUAAAAUCUAGAGUUAGUGCAACUAUUUUAACUAGAGACAAGAGUUUUCAAUUAGGUUUAAAUUUUUUGGUGGUUCCUAAAAUAACAGAAUAUACGCCCUCUAUGCCUCUUGAAAUUAAUGUUUCAUCUUUACAUAACAUCAAUUUAGCGGAUGACAAAUUUUUUGAGCCAGGCCCAAUUGAAUUUCUGACAGAUGCAGAACAUUUCUAUGAGCUUUUAAAAUCAGGUCAAAUUUCCCUUCAGGAUUCAAAUUUAAGAUUACAAAAUAGUGUUUUCGGCUAUGUUGUAAGUGGGACUCUUCCUGCUAAAGGGGAAAGUAAAUUACAUUGUGGGCUUAUUACAGAUAAUUUGGAGUUAGAAAGAGCAGUAAGAGAGUUUUGA